UCUUCCACUUCUCCCCCUCCCUGCAGCUCAGGAUGAGCUCAUCCCUCUCUCGUCCCUCGGAGGGGGGCCGGGCGGCCGCGGAGCGGAAGUGACGCCAUCAGGUGUCGCUCGGCUGUUGCCGUGUCUUCUUUCUGGUCGGCGCAGCCCGGUUCUUCCCUUGCCCUCUCCUCGCUCCUUCUCCCUGGCACCUGGCUCCUAUUCCGGACUUCCAUCCUUACACCCAUCCCUCCCGCUCUUCUUCCUCCUCCUCCCCCACUCCCAGCCCUGCUCCGCUUGCCAUGACGGCGCCCGGAGGAGCCGGCGGCGAGUUCGGCAACCCGCUGCGCAAGUUCAAGUUGGUUUUCCUGGGCGAGCAGAGCGUUGGAAAAACAUCCCUGAUCACCAGAUUUAUGUAUGACAGUUUUGACAACACGUACCAGGCAACUAUUGGAAUUGAUUUCCUCUCAAAGACUAUGUAUUUAGAAGAUCGCACGAUCAGGCUGCAGCUGUGGGACACAGCCGGUCAGGAAAGAUUCCGCAGCCUCAUUCCUAGCUACAUCCGGGACUCUGCUGCGGCUGUCAUUGUCUUUGAUCUGACAAAUCUGAAUUCCUUCCAGCAAACUUCCAAAUGGAUUGAUGAUGUGCGAACAGAAAGAGGAAGUGAUGUCAUCAUUAUGCUGGUGGGGAAUAAAACUGAUCUUGCAGACAAGAGGCAAAUUACUACAGAAGAAGGCGAACAGAGAGCUAAAGAACUGAGUGUGAUGUUCAUUGAGACCAGUGCAAAGACUGGUUAUAAUGUGAAACAGCUCUUCCGCCGUGUGGCUGCUGCCUUACCUGGGAUGGACAGCACUCCAGAGAAAAGCAAAGACGACAUGAUUGACAUCAAACUAGAGAAACCUCCUGAGCAGCCAGUAACAGAGAGCGGCUGCUCCUGCUAAAGGAUCUGUUGCGUUGCAACCUCUUCCCGACUGCCCAACCCCAUCUCACCGGAGAACAUCACUUUUCAUUGACUAGAGAAACUUCAACUUUUCGAGGGCUGAAACCUCAGUCUAAUAAACUAUCAAGCCUCCUGCCCUUUGGACGGCCCUGGCUGCUCCCUCCUACUGCAUGGUGUGAACCCUCAAGUGUGUCCUGUCCCAUGUUGGUUGUUGCACUUUAGGUUUCCUGUCUCGGGCGUGUGCACCUUUCUGUGUCGUCCUAUGAAUGCAAAGGGGCAGAGUUUUUCUCAAUUUAGGAAAGCAUGGAUAAACGUACAGCAAAGGACUUAGUGGGGCUGGGUCAUCCCUUACUUACUUCCUGUUGCUUUUUAUCCAUCCCCUUUCCAGAGGUUGCUCCUUCAGUUUGCCUGCUGUUGCAACAUAUGUAUGAGGAUGGGGGUGUACUCCACUGCUGACUUCCUGUAGGUUAGUCAUAGCUACCCACUUAAUUACCCAUUUGAUCUUUGUUCCUCCAUUCCCUGAGGGGUAGUAAAGGGGAGGGGAGAAGGUAGCUCAGAAUAUGGCAUUAGAUAUUUCUGCUUCCAAGUUGUCAUUUUAUCUUUACAUAGUGGCUAGGUAUUUAUAAUUGCAGAUUGACUUACCCUUUUUUUCUCUCAAGCAUGUGGUGCUCACAUAAAAAUGGAUAGGGAGGAUUGGCAGAGCCUUAUGUGGGAAGUCUGGCUGCACCAAAGUGAUGGACUGGGGAUAUAUUCUCAAGGACUAACGAUCUGUUUCUAGGUGAGCUGUAAACUCUACAGUUGCUAGCUAGAUUAAAACAGGGAUUUGCAGACUAGUUCCAGUGCUGCUGUUUCUGUAAAUGUAUGUGUCAUUUUAAAUAUGCAAAGUACUUUACAGUUACCUUUUAUGCUUCAUGGCUCUAUUGCCAUUUUUUAAUCUCCUGUCAGGUGAGUUAGUGCCUAGCUAUGAGAAAGACCCUUAUCUGAAUUUAUUUUAUUUUAUUUCACUAGGCCAGACUAGCAUUUAAAGCCUAAAUGUAAGUGGCAUAGCACUUCUCCUUGAAUUGGUCCAAUUUUGGUCUAAUUCUGUUCCCCCCCCCCAAAAAAAACUUGCUAUUGACCAGUUCUCAAACUCCACACAUAUUAGGGUUGUUCCAUUUUUACUUAAUGCACAGUGCAAUAGACUUUAAAUCUAUUUUGAUGCUUGGCUUGCUCUGCACAAGAUGUACCUGUGUAUCAUACUUUUUCAGAGGAUAAAAACUUUUGAACUAUAGACCUUUGAACUUAUGAUUUAUCACAAAUCCCACCCCCUUUAUUGGGUGCCAGCCACCCUAACAUGCAGACCUGGGAGACUGGUCGCAGAAAAUGACAUUAAUUGGGUAAUUGGUUUUUGAUGGUACUUUGGACAAUUUUGUUUUGGUCUGAGGUUUUGUCCAAAUAAUAAUCCCCAGAUCAUGGUACCCUCCAGAUAUGGGGAUUGCAACUCCAUUGUUCCUGUUCAUUGGCUGAUGGGAGUUGAACAAAAUCUGGAGGGUACCAUGCUCAGUACCCUUGCCCUAGUCAUAUGCUUACUCCAAUAGUUCUUCCUGCCAGGCUUUUGUACGCAAGUGAUAUUGGGUCCUCUUUGCUGGAGUUGCUUCUGAACAUAACCUGUGGACACUUCCGUAAACCAAGUUUAUAUUCUUAGAAAUGAGUAAGGGAUGGUAAAGAGCAAGAGCAGCAUAUAUUCCAUCCCUGUUUUGCCUUGCUCCCUCACUCCACGUUCCUGGAUUGAGUUGCCAGCCCUGUUUUCAGCAGAGGUUCCUGUCCUCGUAAGCUGAGUGAAAUUCAACGGGUACAGCAUUAUACCUUCAGAUAAUGCUGCAUAAUGGAAAAGCUUUAUCUGUUUGAAUUUUUAAGGUUUUUAUUAAAGUGUUUUGUUGCAACAGCAAAAGUACCUGUCAAGUUCUACAUGAAUUGCUCCCCCAAAAAGGGAGAAUAUCCUUAAUUUCUACUAUCACUUGGGUGGGGCAGGAGGUUAUGUGUGUUUAAUUAUUUCUCCUAAACAUGACUCCUUGGGCAGGGACACCCACUUGUCCUUACGUAACAAAAGAAAACCCAGGUUUUCCACAAAUAUUUCAGUCUUGUUUAUCCCCUGUAGUUUAUUUUCACUGAGCUGUUCUGCUAUGAUGAAGGUAGUUACCUUUUCUGAGUAUUCAUAGUACUUAAGUUUGGUUCUCAUGCUUGGCAGUCUGAUGUACAUGGUGGAAUGCAAGUUUGCAUGUGCAGCUUAACAGCCCAGGUUUCAGGUUACACUUAAUAAAAAGUGCAGGUUCCCAGACAAGAUCCCAGCUGCUAGGUUGCUCCUCUGGUCCUGCUGCCCACUGCACUGCUUUGAGCUAAGCCAUAAUUUGGCUUAAUGUUAACAUCUGAAACUAGGCUUGUGGUUUAUCUCACAGACAAUCUACAGGUGGGUAAACCAUUGUCUGGACAAAAUAAACCAGCUGCUUGGGCUUGGAUAUAACACAAAGCCAAACCAUGGCUUCAUAGAAUUGUAGGGUUGAAAGGGACUGGGGGUCAUCUAGUCUAACCCCCUGCAAUACAGGAAUCUUUUGCCCAAAGUGGGGCUUGAACCCAUGAUCUUGAACCCUGAGAUUAAGAGUCUCAUGCUGUAUCAACUGAGCUAUCCCAGCAGUAAGAUUGGAGAAGGAGCAAAGUGACCAUGAAUUUACUCGUUUGCCUACAGCAGAGGUUGGCUUACUGUUAUAUGCGAACUGGCUCACUGUCUGCAUCAGUCAAAUGCAUAUUGCCCAGUUUCUGCAAUCUACCAUCUCCUUUUCGACAUAGAAGGAUUGUGGGUAUUGGGCCUCUGUACGUAUCAUAAUGGUACACAUGGCUCCUUGCCUCAUAUUCCGUAUGAAAUUUAGAGCUUGAUGAGCACAUGACAUCGCCCUUUGGCCUUGAAGCUAAGGGCUCACCUUGCUAAAGUCCUGAUUUAUUCGUGGUAGAAAAUAAGCACUUACUGCAUCUUGAAAGCUUGGAAUGGCUAAGUGCAUUUAAAUUAUCUGUCAGGCUUUUUUGUGAAAUUUAACAGUCCUCAUCUCAAUCUUAUCUGUGACUGGCCACUUGAAAGCAAACCUCCUCAGAAUCUUCUACUUCUGUGAUGUUUUGAGUUUCCCCAUCAUUCUCUUAUACCCCUUUAGCUGAGUGCAGGAACCUCAUGAACAGAUUCUGCACCCUCCCCCCCCCCCCCCCGGGGCCUUCUGCUCCUCAGUAGCCUCUCCAGCAGAAUAGAUAAGCCCACAACUUUGGCUCCAUCAGUUCUGAAAGCAAAUGGCACUGUACCUGUAUAUAUAUACUCCCUGUUGCGUGGAAAUUGCUGGUGUCCUGUCAGUGUGACUUGUUUCUCUCUCUGCAGUUAAACUGGUGCCACACUCCCUUUCUCACUGGCAGCCAAGUCCUGUCACUGCUGUUGCUGUGUUCUCUCAAGACACACUAGAAACCUGUGUAUUUUACAGAGAAUAGGGAUUUUAAAACAAAAUACUUAAAUGUUUUGUGGGGAGGGAUGGGGGUGGUUGGGCAGGUGUGGGGCAGGGGGAAACAGGGUGAACAACAUAGUUCAUUUUCUGACUGCCUUCUCUGUGGAUGUGUAUAAUAUUUGAGUGUCUGUCUCUGGCUCUGCUGUCUUCUAGCUGUUAGCCAAGCAAGUGACUCUAAAUAUAUGAAUACUGACUGUCAAGACUACAGCUGUGUAUCACACUAAAUAAAGUUAAUUUCACCACA